ACCAGUUCUAUAGGCGCUAAAGUGAUCGAACAGUGCACAGAGCUCCGUUGGGCUGAUAGGUCGCGAAGAAUCGAACAACGGGAAAAAGGCAGUUGGAGAAUUAAAUUCGAUUUCGAUUACGGUUAAUUAAUAAGAUAACAAAGACGGCUCCACGAUGGGCGAUAUGUUCCGCAGCGAGCAAAUGGCCCUGUGCCAGUUGUAUAUACAACCCGAGGCUGCCUAUGCCUCCAUUGCCGAGCUGGGGGAGAGCGGCUGUGUCCAGUUCCGGGAUCUCAACGAGCAGGUCAACUCCUUUCAACGCAAAUAUGUGAACGAAGUGCGACGCUGUGAUGAUAUGGAGCGCCGUCUGCGUUACGUGGAGAACGAAUUGCGUAAGGAUGAUAUUAAUAUGCCGGAACUGAGCCCCGAGGAGGAGCCUGGGGCGCCGAAUCCUCGAGAGAUUAUUGACCUCGAGGCACAGCUGGAGAAGACGGAGAACGAACUGCGUGAAAUGUCAGUGAAUGGAGCCAGUUUGAAUGCCAAUUUCAGGCACAUGCAAGAGCUGAAGAGUGUGCUAGAGAAUACCGAGGGGUUCUUCUCCGACCAUGAGGCCAUCAAUUUGGACUCGAAUCGUAUAACCGAUCCCAAUGAUCCCACUCAAGCGGGUGCACAACGUGGCCAGCUCGCUUUUGUGGCUGGAGUCAUCAAGCUGGAGCGUUUCUUCAGUUUCGAGCGGAUGUUGUGGCGCAUUUCGCGUGGCAACAUCUUUCUGCGACGCAACGAUAUUAGCGGACUCUCUGAAGACGAUGAGUCGGGUCACCCGGUGCUGAAGACAGUCUUCGUCGCCUUCUUCCAGGGUGAACAGCUGAAGCAGCGCAUCAAGAAAGUCUGUGCUGGCUAUCAUGCCGAUGUCUACCCCUGUCCCAGCUCCCAUGCCGAGAGAGUCGAGAUGAUUAAGGAUGUGAACACACGUCUGGAAGAUCUGAAAAUGGUACUCAAUCAAAGCGCGGACCACCGUAGUCGUGUGUUGAGCUCCGCCGCCAAGCAUCUGGCACGUUGGUCCGUCAUGGUGAAGAAAAUGAAAGCGAUUUAUCACAUACUCAACUAUUUCAAUCCGGAUGUCACUGGCAAAUGUCUGAUUGGAGAGGGUUGGGUGCCCAAUAGAGACCUGACAACGGUGCAACAGGCGCUAGCACGUGGCUCUAAGCUCUCGGAAAGCAGCAUUCCGGCCUUUAUGAAUGUCAUAUCAACCAAUGAACAGCCGCCGACAUUCACGCGAACCAACAAAUUCACAAGCGGCUUUCAGAACUUGGUCGACUCAUAUGGCAUGGCAUCGUAUCGUGAAGUGAAUCCGGCUCUUUAUACAUGCAUCAUAUUUCCGUUUCUGUUUGCCGUCAUGUUUGGCGAUUUGGGCCAUGGACUUAUCCUAGUGCUCUUUGCCCUGUCGCUUAUCAUCAAGGAGAAGCAACUGGCUUCUAUUAAAGCGGAGAUAUUUCAAAUAUUCUUUUCCGGUCGCUAUAUUAUUCUACUCAUGGGACUGUUCUCUAUGUAUACGGGACUACUCUACAACGAUGUGUUCUCCAAGUCGAUGAACAUCUUCGGCUCUGGUUGGCAGAAUCAAUACAACACUUCAACGGUUACCGAUGAAACCCUCAACUAUUUGACAAUGCGACCAAAAACGAGCAGCUUUAAGACAUAUCCACUGGGCGUGGAUCCCGUUUGGCAGCUGGCUGACAACAAGAUCAUCUUUCUGAACACCUUUAAAAUGAAACUAUCGAUUAUAGUUGGUGUCAUUCAUAUGAGUUUUGGCGUCUGCUUGUCGGUUGUUAAUUUCAUUCAUUAUCGUAAAUAUGCCAGCAUUUUCCUAGAGUUUGUGCCACAAAUUCUGUUCCUUCUGCUGCUCUUCGGAUACAUGGUCUUUAUGAUGUUCUUCAAGUGGGUCGUCUAUAAUGAUACGAGCACUCAAGAGCUCUCUCCGGGCUGUGCACCCUCUAUACUCAUUUUGUUCAUCAACAUGAUGUUGUUUGGUCAUCAGAAGCCAUUGGACGGGUGCAAGGAGUACAUGUUUGAGGGACAGGAGUUACUCCAACAGAUCUUCGUGAUAUUGGUUGUCCUCUGUAUACCCUGGAUGUUGCUUGGCAAGCCAUUAUACAUCAUGUCAAAGCGUCCAAAGCAACCAACUUUACCAGCACCAAAUCAAACUCCUGCACCACCAGCUGGUGGUCAUGGUGGACACGGUGGUGAAGACGAAACCACUGGCGAAUUGUUCAUCCUACAAGCCAUACACACAAUUGAGUAUGUGCUGAGCACAAUCUCUCACACUGCAUCCUAUUUACGUCUCUGGGCCUUGUCCUUGGCGCAUGCACAACUUUCCGAGGUGCUAUGGAACAUGAUCUUCUCCAAGGGUUUCAUUUUCAACAACUAUAUUGGUGCCGUUGCCAUUUUCCUUCUCUUUGGAGCCUGGGCAGCACUUACCGUUGGCAUUCUCGUCCUUAUUGAGGGUCUCUCGGCCUUUUUGCAUACACUGCGCUUGCAUUGGGUCGAGUUCAUGAGCAAGUUCUAUGAGGGCGCUGGUUACGCCUUUGAGCCGUUCUCCUUUAAGGUCCUACUGUCGGACAACGGAGAGGAAUAGGGCGCAGGACGCACUAUCUACGACGAGUUACCAAAUCAUUUUGCCAAAAAUUUGUUAGUUUUCUUUUUGAAUAAUAAAUUCGUUUUUCAUAUGCAUA